CGCUCGCACGCACACACGACCCAAGCGCCAGCAAAGCAGCACGCGCGCCUUUCCCCUCAUGCAUUUCCAAAAGUAGCAAGGAAUUGAGCUUGCCCGAAUCCUCCGCCCGCAAGCCAGGACGGCUACAGAGUAUGCUUCAAAGUGAACAGGUCGGGAGUCUGGGUUUGAAACGGCGGCCGCUUGAAAGAGUCCUGCCACCCCCCUCUUCAGCUUUCGCCCCAUAGCAGCCUCUUUUUCUGUGUGCCCCCCCCCCCCUCCGCUUUAUCGGAUCUGAUAUCUCAUGGAAGGCAAGUGCAGUAAAUGAGGACAUUUUCAAGACUGCGCGACUGCUGCUGUUGCUCUGACAAUUGCCCUCCAGUCACGGCUGAAUUAAUAUUUCGCUGCGAAAUCUAACGAGGAGGAAGAGGAGGCGGUCAGUGGUGGUGGUCGGGGGUGACCCAAGUCUCCGGGAAGGGGCUCUCACCCCAGCUCAAAAAAAAAAACCUUUGGUGUUAUCUUGCAGCAGAUGCUCUUGCAAGAGUGGAUCGUUGGUCUGCAAGCUUGCAGAAGUGAGCCGGGAGAGAUGCAUCAUCGCAAAGGAACAACUGAACAGCCCGUGACUGAUUUGUAAGGCAACGUAGUAAGGCAAGUGGCAAGAUGGCUAAAGGAACUGAUAAUGAGAUGUGGAAUCUUUCAUCUCCAGCCUCACAAUCUCUCAAUGAUGAAGGAACCAUGGUGAGUAAAGACCCCAGCAAAUGCUUGCUUACAGCCUCUGAAAGUGAAGUCGAUCCAGCGACAUCGUUUGCCUUAGAGAUGAAAUAUGCACUGGAUUCCAAUCGGCAGAUCAAGAAAAGGAACAAAGCCCUUCAGGUGAGAUUCAAAGACAUCUGUGAGGCCCAGAAUGAGCAGAGGGACAAGCAGCUUUCUACAUUACAGCAGACAGAUAAAAAGGAAGCAAAGCCCAUCACUUACAGAGCAGCUUACCGGAAAUAUAUGACAGUGCCUGCCCGCAGAUCAAUCCCUAAUGUUACUAAGAGUACAGGAGUUCAGACUUCACCUGAACUUAAAAAGUGUUACCAGACAUUCCCUUUGGACCGGAAAAAAGGGAAUAUCAUCAAAAGCAUAGCUUCUGUUGACACUUUUCCCAGUCAAAACAAUGGAUUCCUAAUAGAUGUUAAAGAUAAAGACAGCAGACUCUCAGGGGAGGCUGCUCAGUGUAGCAAGAAAGUCACUGGAUUUGUGACAGCAGAGUUUAUUUCCCAUACUAAUGAACGGAUGAAUGCAAUAGAGCAGCCUUCUAGUGACAAUUGUUCAGAGACAUGUAGAAGCAUUGAUUUGCACAGCUGUACUAAAGAACCUCCUUCUCUUCGAAACUCAGCAGCUUCUGUUUCAGAAGAGUCUGAUUACCAGCUGCAUGACAAAGCAAAAUACCACACAGGGCCAUUGGGGAAUGAAGAGGCUAAUCCAGCCACCCAUGGAAAAGUGUUCAAGACCGAAGUAGCUUCUGUCUACUUGCCUGCAUCUGGUUCACACACCUCACAGACUGAUCUACAAAAUUCUGCAGCAGGGAAUGAAUGGACUCUGUGCCCAGCUGAGGAGGACAAAAAAAGAACAGUGCAUAUUAAUGGCCUGCAGUCACAAGCCGUAAGUGCAGCUCAGGCCUGUUCGACGCAGGCACAGUGCCAAUCGACCGAAUGUAAUGAACAGACCCUUCAGAUACAUGUUUCACCUAUGGAAGGAAAUCAACCUUGUCAGACAGCAGUCGCUGUGAGUGAAGGAUGUCAACAAAUCGUGCCUCACACAGAAGUGGUAGACUUGAAAGCACAGCUACAAAUGAUGGAGAACUUGAUCAGCUCAAGUCAAGAAACCAUAAAGGUCUUGUUGGGUGUUAUUCAGGAGCUGGAAAAAGGAGAAGCUCACAGAGAAGGAUAUUGUUCCAUGGGGAAAAACCUUAUGUCGAAAUCGGACCUUGACUAUGUAAUGAAAGCUUCUUCUCAUUUGUUGAGACUUGAUCCAUUAAAGCUUUCAUAUCGGACUGGUCAAGACACAUCUAACUGUGACACAUGCAGGAACAGUGCAUGUAUAAUCUAUAGUGUGGAAUUAGAUUUUAAGCAGCAAGAAGACAAACUACAGCCAGUUCUGAGAAAACUUCAUCCUAUUGAGGAAACUCAGGUUGCACCUUUGCCUUAUUCCCAGGACAGUUACUCUUCAACUCCUAAGCAAAAAUCCAAAACUGAAUCAAAAAAGCACGGAAGAUGGAAACUCUGGUUUCUUUAACUAAUAUAGUAUAUGGAAUUUAAGGCCUUCUUUGAAAACAAAAAAGGAAAAAGUUGUGGAAUUUUUAAAGGGUUCUUGGUUAUUUGAACAGGAGACAGUCAGCGAGUGUUAAUCUGACUAUAUUAUGGAAGCAUUCUGUUCUUACCAUAUGUACCAAAAAGGCCUUUGUACCUAUGAACUAACUUUCAGGAGCAAGGCAUUAAAAUCACCCCUUGCCAACUUUUUAUUCAGAUUUCACCAACGUGGGAUGUAAAAAAAAAAAAUCAGAAUAGAAAUUCAUGUUAGCAAAGAUGAAAGUAAAACUACUCUCCCUGAAACCCCGUAAACCCACAAUCAUUUUUAUUCACAUUUUAAUGUCAAACCGCCAUCUUGUUCACAUCAGUACAGUUUAUAUUAGUAUAUCAAUACAGUUAAGAAUUUCUGCAAAGGAUGUGUGCAAGCCUUUUGUUACAAAAGGCCUCCAUUGUUACAUUGCAUUCCAAAUAUGCUGCGGGUUGGGUAGUGCUGUUUUCAGCACAUAAUAUCCUGAGGAAAGCACAAUAUUUUCAAAUGGUCUCAGACCAUGAACAAUCUUUAAGAUGUGACUGUGUAUACUUGCCUUUAUGUGCUGUAGCAUUAAGCCAAGUGAUUGCAUCCCAGUGAAAUGCUGGCACCUUUAAUUUAGUGUCAUCUUCCAUCACCCACACCAGAUGGUGAGCAGUGAAAAGCCACCCAAAGUCAAGACAUGCCUUUAAUCACUGCAAGUUGACAGGGUCAAAGCUAGGGACACUAUGCUCUCUUAGAUAUAAUUUUUAAUCUGUUGGUACCCAACAGCUAAAAUUAUGUGUUCUGGCAUCAUAUUUAUUGGGGCGGGGGGCGGGGGGGGGGGGCGGAGAGGUAGAUAACAUUAAGGGACAGAUCAUUGGCAGCUGCCACAAUUUAAUACUCUUUUGUAAUUCAGUCUUGAGAAAACACUCCACGCAAAUGGCGCACUGUGCCAGAAAUUUUAUAAUGUGUCGUGCUUUUUAAAAGUUCACAAACGCCUGGCAAUUUUAUUUACUUGUGCAUCAGAGAAAUCCAACCAUUCCAGUGCACGUAUUUAGUUCAGUAUUAGCAGAUCAACACUUUGAAUGAAAAUGCUAUGAAAUCAUACAGUUUUAAGAGUAAGCUGCAGUUUGCCCUCAGAAACAACUUCGAUAACAAGCAAGCCAAAGUAAAAAAAAACUUUUAAGUUCCACUUACAGCAACAGUUUAGAGUUGAGUACUUAACUCUCCCGCUAAGGUUAGUGGGUUUUGAAAAUACUCAACUUUGGCAAGAUUGUGCUCUGCAUUUUCCCCUUUAGUUAUAAAUCUCUCUCUCAAAAAAAUCUAUAGUAGCUUUCUUUGGAAUUGUGUGCAUUGAGAAUUCUGUUUUAGCUUAUACUUUAAAUUUCAAUAGGGUUUUAUUGGAUGUACUACAAUUUCACAUCUCAAAUCAUUCAGGGAGUUUAUCUCCGUACUACUGGAAAACAACAGAAAGGAUGAAGAAUUAAUGUAAUUGGGAGAAUCCACACCUAAAUGCCCAACUACAUAAAAUUCAUUAUCUGAAUUUUACCCAUUUUAAAUGGAUCCCAGAGCAAGCAAUCUGGUCAUUUAGAAAACCUGUUAAUGAGUUUAUGAAGCAUAUGGCAUAUAAAGAUCGUUAUUAGCAUAUUAGUAAAGUUACGGUCAACACACACAACAUCCUAUUUAUGCUUUAAUGAAAAACUUACACCUUUAUAGUAAAAUUCCAAGAGGGCUACAAGUCACUGUACAUAAGCAGACAGUAUUCAUUUCUUGUGUGUGUCUGAAAGCCGAAAGAUCAGAAAGGCAUUUCUGUGCCAUGAAGGAAAGUGCAAUUGUUUCACAUUAGAGGGGAGAAUUAAUGUAUUUUAUAAUGUUUUUAAAUUAAAAUUCAGCAACUGUUUACAAAAAAAUCCCUGCAUAACUAUUUUAGAAUCCCAUUUAUCUCAGAGCAUCAAAUAUUUUUUAUGAAAAUAAGAAAAAUCCUGCAGUAUAUGCUUAUAUAGAUUAAUCUGUUUUACGUGCUACCGAAAAUGACAUCUUUACAUACAUGAACAGAUCAGUUCCUAUGUCCACUUCAGCUUGAUCUCGGUGAUAGUAAUAACUGAGAACUGAAGAUCCAGGUACAUAGGCAGGGCCUUUAGUUCCUGCUACAGAAAGCAAUGCCUGAUUCCACCUCACAAGCUGUUUUUAAAGUGGUUUUCAGACCAAAAAUAGAGUCCAAUGCAGGCAGCUGCUAUUCAGUGGCAGUAAACAGAAGCCCAGCUAUAUGGUUGUAAUCUCCAAUGGAAAGAUUAACUUGCUCAGUUACCAAUCUACAAAAAAAAGAGAGAGAGCACCUAAUGUGCAUGUUAGAGGCUACAUAUCUGGGAUUUCCCAUUUUUGCUCUAGCAGCCUCUUCAUUUAUCUUUCUCCUCACCCAGUGCUGGCAACAUGGAGCCAUACUUUCAUCCAGAAAUUGUUACUUUGGCAUAGGCGUACCACCCACAGGACGGGGGGGGGGGGUGUCAAAUGACUCUGGGCACAAUGGCGAAAGGGAAAGAGGUGGCUUGGAUGGGCGCCUAAAGUAAGAGCUAGUCUGCUACCGCAGGGCCCAUCCAAGCCACCUCUUUCCCUCCCCAGGCCCUCGGGGCACCGGGGGGGGGGGGAGAGAAGGUGUUGUCUCCGGGUGUCAUUUCCCUCCUGAUAUGCCUUUGUACUUUGGAGAAUGCUACUUUAGGAAAAUGAACAAAACACAGUGUGUGCAUAUCUAGGACACCUUUUAAAGAGUUGCUGGUUUACUGCCAACACCAUGGUUAUUUUCUUUUUUGGAACUGAGCCAAAAGUAUGACAUGCUAUGUGUAUUUUAAACAUACAUUCUUCUGACAUAUAUACAAUUUGAGCUACGUGUUUCACAAAUAGCCCAUAUUAUCAUGGGCUAAUAUUCACCUACAAAUCCAAAAAUGUAUUUUGCUUUUUGCCAAGUAAUACGUAGGCUACCAUUAUCUGAAAAAGAGAAAGAUAGGAAUCUUUUUGGAACUGAAAAAUUAGACUCCUGUCACCUAACAGAAUAUUUUCCCUAAACAGGAUUGCAAAUUUUAUUUUUUACAUUUUCCUUCUGAAAAAGGUAAAGUAGGUAUUCUUGCUCAAAAUUACAUAUUGUGUUACCGUUCCAUACUAUGUAACUUGUAAUAAAAUGUUCUUUGCCAGUAUGUAAACUGUAUCAUAUUGUAUUACAUUUAGGAUCACUCAGGCACAGUUUACAGGUUUUAAGGGGGAAAGUUAAUUAUUUUUAAAAUGUAGCUCAAUGCAGUAUGUGAUUGAAAUAGUGAUUGUUCCACUUAAAUGAGAGAUCAUGUUAAAAAACAGGUAGAACCUCCAAAAGCAAGUGUAUCAUCACUCUCCAAUCUGGCAUACUAUUUAAUUUGCUGCUAAAUUCAUGAGCAAUAUCAUGUGGUCCUAAACACUGGUUGACUGAUAAACCCACUACCAUAUCAUGCUUUGACUCAUUUUUGACCAAUAAAUGCUGCAGUAAUUUUAUAUUACUUGCUAUUUUCAUACUACAGGGACAAUAUUUUCUAAGUUUGCAUAAUUCCCAUAAGGCAACAGUAACAUAGCUCUUUGUUUUGAGAUUGUUAUUGGGAAACAAUACAUGUAAAUAUCACUUGUUUUCUUAAAGAAAUAGACACUGUAAGAUACUUUCUAUAGUUAGGAUAAAACAAAACUAUUAAAAUUAAAAACAAUGUA